AUGCUUGACGUUGGCGUCGUGCUUUUCCUUCUUCUAGUUGUGAAAUAAAGACAAAGGGUAUGAGGAAGUUGCUUCUAUGCUCAUGCGUGCGUUCCGCUUCUCGCUCACUUCUAUCACCGACAGAGAUAAGAAUGGUACUUGAGAAGUGUUUCAUAUUUUUCCUAUCUAUCACGCAGGACUUAACUUUCAAGUCAUAACGCACUAUUCGUCACCCUUUCGGGCUUGGACAGUUCUAACAGUGUACCUAAAAGCAAAUUAAAAGCAUGCUGUCUAACUUCUCUAAAUGUGAGAAGUUUCAAACAGGCGCCCUGCCUGUGGUGUAUGGAGUUGAGUUUGUCGUGGCUCUGGCUGGAAAUCUGUUCGCCCUGUGGCUGCUGGUCGUCAAAGAGAGAAGAAACUGGCACACCGGUGUUGUUCUGUCAUGCAACUUAGCCAUCAGCGACCUGCUGUACGUCCUCACCCUGCCGUUGUUAAUCGUCUACUACUCAAAGGACAAGCACUGGAUGUUCGGCGACGCUGUGUGCAAGCUGGAAAAGUUUCUUUUCACAUGCAACUUAUAUGUGAGCAUCUUCUUCAUCAUGGCGAUAAGCGUGAAUCGAUGCGUGGCCCUCGCUUGUCCAUUUUUCACCCGCUCCUAUAUAACGCCUGGCCACGCCAAGGUCACCAGUAUAGUCAUAUGGGUCAUCGUUGGAGUCAUUUCCAGUCCGGUGUUGAAAUUUGCAUCUGUUUGCUCAGAUGGGUCUAAUAACAAAAUUCAGUGCGUGUCCUUCUGCAACGAGACUGAACACCCUCACUAUGUUUACAAAUUUUUCCUCUCUAUGUUUGGGUGUCUGUUUCCCUUCCUGGUUACUUUCACUUCUUACUGUGUGGUGAUUUGGGUAGUUUGGAAGAAUGUUAACAUAACCCCUCUUGAGAAACGCAAAGUCGCCCUGUUAGUCGCAUCAGUGCUUGUGCUGUAUGCCAUUUCUUUCGUGCCUUAUCAUUUCUUUCAGAUUUAUCACUUGCAUCUAAGAUUAUUGCAUCCGGACAACACUGUCUGUUGGAUCUAUGAUAUGUACCAAGUGUCAAAGGGACUGGCAACUGUGAACAUGUGUAUCCAUCCGGUCCUUUACAUGGCUGUGUUUGACAGUAUGAGAGUAGCGUGUUGUGGAAAAAGCUCAGAAGACAACAUCGGGGGGUGAUGAGCUGUUGCUCUUGUUGUGGUUUUUGUGUACAGUCUAACACAUGCAAUGCAAUGCAUAUAGCACUUGCUUGGCUUUCUUGUAGCUAUCUUAUUUCAAAGUGUUACUAGUCUCUAUUAUGACUUUUCUAAAACACUUUCAUUGUGUUUCUUUUGGUUAAUUUCCUGUUGGCCUAGUUCAGCAAUAAAAAUUAUACUGAAUCAGUUAUUUCUUUUCAUUUUGUUUGCAAGGAGCCAGCCUUUCUUAUAUUUUUAAGUGCUCCUGAGCAAUAGUUCUCUAUGGUUUCACAAAUUUUCAGUCCAGUCCUUGCAUCUGAUCACAUCACCUGAAAAACGUUUUGUUUUUGUGUUUGUUUGUUUGUUUAACCAUUUUAUACUGACAUAUGAAUCAUUCAAGCAUUAACAAAGUCCUCUAUGGCAAAGGAUGAACCCGAGUUGUGUCUACAAAUAACAGACAACAUAGCAAAGAACCAAUUUUUAAAUGUAUCUUUUAAUUUUUUGUUGCUAGCAGCUUGUCAGAAAAAUAUUGUAACUUAUUCAAAGUACUUUAGUUGAAUCUAUGAAAAUUCCCAAAGAUAAAUAAAAUAUUUUUUGCAUCAACAACAUGAUUCCCAACGGGAUAUUAGUCAAGUGCAGUGUGUCCUUCAAAAAAUCUAAGGAAACUGAACAAGUGCAGAACAAAAGAAGAAGUUAUGGGUCUGAAAAAAUCAAGCUGUGUAUGGCAAAUGAUCAGUCCUGACACCUCGCCUGAGAUAUGCAUCUGGCCCUUGAGCAGAUCUAACAUUUCUUUGACCUAUGUAUCUCAGAAUUUUCGGUUGUCUGCAGGAGAGACUGCACCCAAUUGGACAAGAAACCAACUUCUUUUAAAAUGCUUUACUACAAUUGACAACAUGUUAAAUCAAGUCAACAUGCCAGCUUCUAAAGUUGACCGACCAUCAUCUACAGACAUCUACCACUUGAGUGAGACAGGCUGCAGUGGUGCAACCUCUGUCCAAAGGAUUUGUAAAGGUGCAAUCUCCAGAAAUACCUUAUGUUCCUUGACUUGAAUGCAGACCAACAGUGCUUUGCAAAAUACUGCUAGAAAUAAAGGUUUUCUAAUGCCCCAAAAUUUGCUCUUGAAUGUGCUUCUUUUCCACUAUCAAACAUGUGAGGAAGGUUUGAAAGAAUCCAGAAUAUUAUUUAAUUUUCACUAAUCUAGUUUUGUGUAGUAGAAGUCCCUUUAAAAAUGUAGUUGGUCGAAUUGAAAAAUAAAAAUCGUUGUUAUUGUUGCUCUUAAAAAAACUUUUUAAAUUAAAUUUCAUGUUCAUGUAAAUUGCAUGUUCGUGUCUUUGUUUGUUUGUUUGUUUUUAAACCCCUAAGAUCUCAGAU